UCCGAGCACUAGUCGCGCCUCUUACCGUGCGCGACCGGGUGGAAUGGAGAUACUACGGACCCUAGCUCACCAACCUGUUAACAGCAAAAACAACAUGUGCGAAAGGUCAAAAGCAGCCGACCUGAGAUCGAAGAAAUCGGAGCAUCACACGCACGCCCAUCAGGAGCUAUCUCGGAUUGUUACGGAUUACAAGACAGGCAGAUGUUACUGCAGGGGGAAACUGCUCGGAAAGGGAGGUUUCGCCAAGUGUUAUGAAUUUUCGGACUUGGUCACUGGCAAGGUGUACGCUGCUAAAAUCAUUCCACACACACGCGUCUCCAAACCGCACCAAAGGGCGAAGAUCGACAAAGAAAUUGAGUUGCACCGAGGACUCCACCACAAACACAUCGUGCAUUUUUACCAUAAUUUCGAGGACAAAGACAACAUCUACAUUCUUCUGGAAUACUGCAGUCGAAGGUCUCUGGCUCACAUACUGAAAGCACGCAAGGUCCUUACAGAGCCAGAGGUCAGAUACUACCUCAGGCAGAUAGUGGGUGGACUGAAGUACUUACAUGAGCAGGAGAUUUUACACCGAGACCUAAAACUGGGCAAUUUCUUCAUCACAGAGCUGAUGGAACUGAAGCUGGGGGACUUUGGCCUGGCUGCCAAACUGGAACCGGUGGAGAGCCGCCGGAGAACCAUCUGUGGAACCCCCAACUACCUGCCUCCUGAGGUCCUCAACAAGCAGGGCCACGGCCGCGAGUCCGACGUCUGGGCCCUUGGAUGUGUCAUGUACACCAUGCUGCUGGGUAGACCCCCGUUUGAGACCACCAACCUGAAGGAGACGUACCGCUGCAUCCGAGAGGCUCACUACUGCCUGCCCAGCUCGCUGUCCAGCACGGCCCAAUCGCUCAUCAGCAGCAUGCUGGCCAAGAGCCCGCAACACCGCCCCCAGCUGGACAACAUCCUCAGCCACGACUUCUUCACACAGGGCUUUACACCAGAGAGGUUGCCGGUCAGUUGCUGUGUGUCAUCUCCAAACUUCCAGCGCAGUCCGGCCCGAAACUUCUUCAGGAAGGCUGCAGCGGCUCUGUUUGGUGGGAGGAGAGAGAAGGAGAGAUACUACCACACAAUAAAGCUCAGUAAAGAGGAGGAGGUGCACAGACUACAGAGCGACCUGAAGAAAAUCACCAUCAGCACUCCAGCAGCCACAGACACUGCUAGUGUGGAUAGUGUGUUGCCCCUGGCGCGGAGGUCCACUCCCCCUCCUGCAUCUGCUGAUGAGGUCAGAGACUCCAUCCACAUGAUCGUCAGGGGAGCCCUGGGGGCCAGCAGCAGCAGCAGCAGCAGCAGCACCGAAGGUGUGGAGGAUGGCAGCAUGGCCAGUGUGGUGGACAGUGUGGCCAGAGUCCUUCGAGAUUGUCUGGAAAAAAUGGCAGAAGCCGAGUCCAUCCCGAAGAAGAAAGGGGGCAGCACGUCGUUCCUCUGGGUUACCAAGUGGGUGGACUACUCCAACAAGUACGGCUUUGGCUACCAGCUGUCUGACCACAGCGUCGGUGUGCUGUUCAACAACGGCACGCACAUGAGCCUUCUUCCAGACAAGAAGACUGUGCAUUACUCUGCAGAGCUGGGCAGUUGCUGUGUGCUGUCCAGCGCAGAGGCCAAAGAGUCCUUUCAGGGCCAGGUCACCAUAUUGAAAUACUUCGCCCACUACAUGGAAGAGAACCUCAUGGAUGGUGGAAAUUUGUCAAAGGGCACAGAUGUCAGUAAGCCCAGCCUCUAUCUGCUUCAGUGGCUUAAGUCAGAUCGAGCACUUAUGAUGCUAUUCAAUGACGGCACCUUUCAGGUGAACUUCUACCACGACCACACCAAGAUCAUCCUGUGUCGCGAGGGCAAGGCGCACCUGCUGAGCUACAUCAACGAGGACCGCGUAUCCACCACCGUGUGCCUCAGUGCGUUACUUACCAACGGCUGCUCCGCACACCUGCGAGAGCGCCUUCACUACGCCUACAACAUGCUGAUGCAGUUAUGCAUCUGAGCGCUACACCUACAAUAUGUUGAUGCAGUUAUGCAUCUGAGCGCUACACCUACAACAACGUGCUAAUGCAUCGUAGCUACUAAAAACAACAGACUAAAAAGUAACUGAUGCAUCAAGACAGUUGGACACUAACACGUUACAUCUUCAACAUGCAGCUGCAGAUGCAGAACAGUACAUAGCUGCCUAUGAGGGCUUAACGUGUGUGGUGUGCGUGCGUGUGUGUGUGUGCAUGCGUGCGUGCAUGCGUGUGUGAAGUCCCAUUGGAGUCAUGGGAGAACUAAGAGGAGGUGGGAACAGCUAUACAUAAAUGACCCUGGGCUGGACCCAGAGGAUGUGUACUGUAUGUACAUACACACCUACUGUACUCACUGAUCUUUGACUGAAGCAGAGGACAGUGGAGAUUGCUUAGUACAGACUCUUAGGGCCUUUGCACCCUACAAUCCAUCAUUACAUCUGUGUAUUUUCAAUCUGUCAAACAUAGAACGUCACUGUUCACUGAGGUUUGCUGUAGAACGUUUCAGUUCACUGCAGUAGUCUUGUUCACUGCAUCUCUGUGAGGAUGGAAAAAAAUCGAAACCUACAGUAGACGAAAGUUUCACAGUCAGUGUUUAAAUGUGAUUGACACAUCGUGAGGUUGUGUUUAUUUUAUAUGGUGUCGUUCAAUUUCGGACAAAAACACACACUCAUUGUCCAGUGGCCUCUAGACUAGGGCUAGGAGGGCGUCAGCAAAAGCACUCCUUUACUUUGUGGCCUACCCAGUGUAAAGCAGCAAUCCGUGUAACUGUGAACUGUGCUGUGCUAGAACAAGAAGAUUUGGCGGUGGUCAGAGAUAGAGGAGGAUACGCAGCUACGUGUACAGCUGAUGGAUGGACAGGUCCAUGGCGUGGUGUCCACCGACCCAAACAGCAAUACAGGCACCAGGGACGCCCAAGCAACUUGGUAUCGAUAGCUGUUUUUUUGGUGCCUGUCAUAGACUGUUGUGUUGAGCACUGUGUAUUUAUUUAUUUAAUAAAGUCAUUGAAUAGUUGUAA